AAAAAAAUGGUAACACUGGUCUUAAGAAUAAACUAAAAAAACUAGUUGAUUUAUCCGUGGAAUCGCACAAAAGCUAUGAAGAAAGUGCUGGUCACAGGUGGAACAGGCCUUGUGGGCAAAGCCCUAGAGGCGGUUAUCAAGAAUCAUGCUCCUACCGACGAGGAAUGGUACUUUGCCGGCUCCAAGGACGCCGAUUUGACAAAUUUGGCAGCCACGCAGGCACUCUUUGCUCGGGAGAAGCCCACGCACGUUAUCCACCUGGCCGCCAUGGUUGGAGGACUGUUCCACAACAUGAAUAACAACCUCGACUUUCUGCGCAACAACCUGCUUAUAAACGAUAAUGUCCUGCAAACGGCUCACGAACAGGGUUGCAUCAAGGUUGUAUCCUGUCUGUCCACCUGUAUUUUUCCGGACAAAACUAUCUAUCCAAUAGAUGAGACCAUGGUGCACAAUGGGCCGCCACACCCCUCCAAUUACGGUUAUUCUUACGCAAAACGACUGAUAGAUGUGCAGAACCACGCCUAUCACGACAAAUACGGCCGGCAGUAUACUUCUGUUAUUCCUUGCAACAUUUUCGGUCCCCACGAUAAUUACAAGCCCGAGGUAAGUCAUGUUAUCCCGGGCAUGAUCAAUCGGAUGCACCAGUUAAUCAAUGAGCAGUCAGAUGUGCCCGAAAGCGAAAAGGUGUUCACCGUCUUUGGAAGCGGUAAGCCACUGCGGCAGUUUGUAUACUCCCUAGACUUGGCCGAGCUAAUGAUCUGGGUUCUUCGGAGUUAUGACAGCGUGGAGCCCAUCAUCCUGAGCGUGGACGAGGCCCAGGAGGUUACCAUUUACGAAGUGGCCCAGGCCAUAGCCAAGGCAUUUGACUUUAAGGGAAAACUGGUCUGUGAUACGAGCAAGGCGGAUGGACAGUACAAAAAGACGGCGUCAAAUGCCAAGCUUCGCUCUCUCCUACCAGACUUCGCAUUUACGGAAUUUGAAACGGCCAUCGAAACGUCGGUGCGAUGGUACAAAGACAACUACGAUCAUGCCAGAAAGUAAUUUCAUUUUGCAGCCCCAACGAAUGUAAAUAGAUACCGUUUGGAAACAGA